UGAUAGAGAAAAAGAGGAAACCGACGUACAUCUCAUGGAGAAAGGAGAAGGGGAAAAUCAAACAUCUAUCACAGAAUUCAUCCUGCUGGGAUUUGGGAACCUCCCUGAACUGCACAUUCUUUUCUUCCUGCUCUUUCUAGUGAUCUACAUAGUCACCAUGGCUGCGAACAUGCUCAUUGCGGCACUAGUUGUGGCUGAUCAGCACCUUCACACCCCCAUGUACUUCUUCUUGGGAAACUUGUCCUGCUUGGAAAUCUGCUACACCUCCACAAUCCUGCCCAGGGUGCUGGCCAGUCUCCUGACUGGAAAUAGGACCAUUUCUGUCAGCCAAUGCAUCAUACAGUUUUACUGCUUUGCUCUGCUACUGACCACUGAGUGUUAUCUGCUAGCUGUAAUGUCUUUUGAUCGCUACUUAGCAAUAUGUAAACCGCUGCACUAUGUCACCCGUAUGAAUGGCAGGUUCUGUAUCCAGCUAGCAGCUGGAUCUUGGAUAAGUUCAUUCAUACUUAUUAGCAUAUUAAUAUCUUUGGUGUCGCAAUUAGCAUUCUGUGGCCCUAAUGAAAUUGAUCAUUUUUUUUGUGAUCUCACCCCAGUCAUUAAACUCUCCUGCAGUAACACCAGUCUGGUUACCUUGGUGACCCUCAUAUUCGCCUCCAUAGACACUGUCCCGCCAUUUCUUUUGACCCUGUCAUCUUAUGUUUAUAUCAUCUCCACCAUCCUGAGAAUCCCUUCUACCACUGGGAGGCAAAAGGCAUUUUCUACCUGCUCCUCUCACCUUAUUGUGGUUACAAUUUUCUAUGUGACCCUAAUUACUGUCUACAUAUUACCAAACACCGGUGCACUCAGAGCCCCAAACAAAGUGUUUUCUGUCCUUUACACAGUCUUUACACCCCUCGUCAAUCCCCUCAUCUACAGCCUGAGAAACAAAGAGGUCAAGGAGGCACUGAGGAGAGCUCUCCAGAAAUGUAGGAUUAGAGAGGGUGAUUGA